CGGCAUCAUGGCUUCUUGGAACCGACACGGGAGACGUUUGAGACAUAGCGAAAUGUUCUUGUUCUUGUCGUUGGUUGCAGUGUUGUCCACCCUGCAGGCAGUGAAGGUGUCUCCACUCAUAGAGAAAGUCAAUGACCACAAGGAUUUUAAGAAACUUCUCAGGACCAGGACUAAUGUUCUUGUCCUCUACACUAAGUCAGCUACAUCUGGAGAUGCUCAUCUGAAGCUGCUGUCAGAUGUUGCUCAGGCUGUGAAAGGUCAGGGUACCAUCGCCUGGGUCAACUGUGGAGAUUCAGAAGGCCGCAAACUCUGUAAAAAAGUAAAGGUAGAUCCUAGCUCGAAAACCAAAGGAGUGGAGAUCCUCCAUUAUAAGGAUGGGAACUUCCACACAGAAUACAACAGACCAGCCACAUUUAAGUCCAUGGUGGCAUUUCUAAAAGACCCUGUUGGUGCCCCCCUGUGGGAGGAGAACCCUGAGGCUAAAGACAUUGUUCACAUCGAGACAGAGAAGGACUUCAGAAAGCUACUGAAAAGAGAGGAGCGCCCCAUCCUCAUGAUGUUUUACGCCCCAUGGUGUGGCGUGUGUAAAAGGAUGCAGCCCAUUUUUCAGCAAGCUGCCACUGAGACAAAAGGGAAAUAUGUGCUGGCGGGGAUGAACGUGCACCCAGCGGAGUUUGACGGACUCAAACAGGAGUUCAGCGUCAAGGGCUACCCAACCUUCUGCUACUUUGAAAAGGGAAAGUUCUUGCAUAAUUACGAGAAUUAUGGAGCCACCUCCAAAGACAUCGCUGACUGGUUGAAAAAUCCCCAGCCUCCACAGCCUAAAACUCCAGAGGUGCCCUGGUCAGAGUCAGACUCAGCCGUCUUCCAUCUGACGGAUGAGUCCUUUGAUACCUUCCUGGAGGAGCAUCCUUCAGUCCUGGUCAUGUUCUAUGCUCCCUGGUGUGGCCACUGUAAGAAGAUGAAGCCAGAGUAUGAUGAAGCUGCGGAGAUCCUCAACGAAGACCCAGAUAGCCCAGGUGUAUUGGCAGCAAUGGACACCACCAUUCACAAGUCCAUAGGAGAGCGCUUUAAAAUCUCAGGAUUCCCAACAGUGAAGUACUUUGAAAAGGGAGAAGAGAAGUACACACUUCCACAGCUCCGCAGCAAAGACAAGAUCAUCGAGUGGCUGCAGAAUCCCCAGGCCCCACCUCCUCCAGAGAAGUCGUGGGAGGAGAUACCGUCCAGCGUGAGCCACUUGGGAGCUGAAGAUUUCAGGGAAUCUCUGAAAAAGAAGAAACAUGCCUUGGUCAUGUUCUAUGCUCCAUGGUGCCCUCAUUGCAAGAACGCUGUCCCUCAUCUCACGACAGCAGCCGAGCUAUUUAAAGAGGACCGCAAGAUCGCAUAUGUUGCAGUCGACUGCACAAAGGGACAGAACCAUGAGUUGUGUAAACAGGAAGGGGUUGAAGGCUACCCAACAUUCAACUAUUACAACUAUGGCAAAUUCAGUGAGAAGUAUAAUGGAGAAAGAGGUGAAGCUGGUUUCACAGGCUUCAUGCGAAAUCUCAGGGGCCGAGACCAGGAGAAAGUUGGCAAACGGAAGGAGGAGCUCUAAUUGUGGGGGUAUGGUCUUGUACGUGGGAGGAGCCUAUCAUUGCACUGUGACUUGGGCAGGAACAUCCCAGCACUGACUUGAAAACCUCAGCUAAAAAGGCUAUUUUUAUUAUUUUUUUUUUUAUACAGCUGUGCCCUUAUGUUUGGAAUACCACUGUACAACCAUCUGACCAUUUAUGACUUUGCAUAUUUUUUUGUUUUGUGAAAUUGUCCAAAUACUGUGACUUCAGUUACUGAAAUCUACAUGUGAAAUCUAUGCAAUACUGGGCCCUCAUGCCCUAGGGGCCCGUACAUGUGUUGGGUGGCUGGUCUUUGUGGAGAAAGCCAGUUAUUGCCAGGAUGCAUUGUCAUCAUUCCGUUUCCAGUGAGGAGGGAUCAUAUGUUCAGUUGUAUCUGCAAAUAUUUUUGUAUUUUAUUUUGGAGAAAGUUGUUGUUGCUCAACUUUGUGGCCUUAAAUAUUUGGAUAACUGUGUUGUCCAAACCGUGCAGUGCAUCUUUGACAAUAUUAUGGGCAAAUAGUAGGGCCAAAAUACAGCAGAGAAAAUACAAGAACAUGUAUUCAAGCAAGUAGUUUUUCUUUUCCUUGUCUUAUGUUUCAUUUUAGGUUGUGACAGAAUAAAAUUACAAACCAGGAAAAUGCCAAAAAAAACAAAACAUUUUAGAUCAAAAUAUUUAUGUUUCCAAAAACGACGACUGCAAUUCUGGUUCCUUUUGUGUUCUUUUGUAAAUGAAUGUUCCACGUAUGUUGAAAAUCAUGCACCAAAUUCUUGUCUGGUUUGUAUGUGUAGUCUGGUAAUAUAGUCUAUGACUUCUGCUGUAUCCUCCCAUUCCUGAAUUACAACACCAUUCUAGAUAUUUAAUACGCAUUUAACACUCUUUAUGCCUAGUCCUAGACAGAUGCAAUGCUAUAAAGCCAUAAAAGUAGUUUGAAUCAGAGAUUUUAUCCUCAACUGCUGCAACCGGCACCGAACAACAAGACAUUUUGUCAAUCGUUCGGCACGGCCAUAGUAAAAUCUCAUUGUUCUAAAAUCGUUCUCCACAUAAAUGCAUAUUAAACGUCUUAUGCCAAUGUUCUGAUUGGCUGUGAUUUUAUUUAGCCCAACGUGACACAAUCACAAACGAACUAGCAUUUUACCAUACAGAGCGUACAAACCAAUUGUUUGCCACUGGAAACUUGUCGCAUCGCACAUGAUUAAGACACCGUGUUAUAAGCCCUGGAAUUGGAACUAUAAGUGAUAAUGGGAACCAUACAGCAUAACUCAUCAGACAUAGUACCUCCAUUUAUGCUGGAUGGAGAUGGCUUAUUCAAAGUGAUAGACCACUCAAACAUUUUAAAUGCUGUUAUCGUUAACUAUACUUUAUAAAAAACAAGAUGUUAGGCAGAAUGUUAGCUUUAGUCACCAUUCACUAUUAUUGUAUGAAAAAUGUGCAAUAAAAGUGAAUGGUGACUAUGGCUGUCAGUCCCUACAGUUUGCUCAAAAUCUACUUUUGUGUGCCACAGAAGGAAGAAAUGUAUAUGUGCUUGGAACAUGAUGGUGAGUACAACAGAAUUAAAAUUUUGGUGGAACUAUUCCUUUAAGGUAUAUUUGAAUGAUGCUUAUUUAACAGUUUUGCUGGAUGCCUCCAAACCAGGUGUUGGCAUUAUUCCUGAUACCAAAACCUUUACCAUUAUCUCUGUGGCAACUGAAAUACUGUGUAGAAAACCCCCUGCUCUAGGCACUAUACAUAUUUAAUGGUCUUGUAGCUGAACUUUUGUUGUAUAAUUCAGAGAAUUGGUCCAUUUCAUUAUAAAUGAGUUUCUCAGGGAUGCCGAAACACAAUUGAAGAGAGCUCACGCACAUUGUAAUUGCAGUUCUGAUGGGUGUUCACUAUUCACAUCACCAAAUUAUGAAAUGUUUACAUGUGUCUUUGGGAGAUGGAACACAAAAAUCAUUGAAGCUUUUAUUCUGUUUACAUUGCCUUGCAAAAUUUGUGGCAAGAAGUACUGAAUAAAACAUGAUGAGCCAAGGAACUCUAAGGCAUAGAUGUCAAGUAUAUGCAAGAUGAUGGUUUAAAGUUUUAACGGAUAGUUUAGUCACUAUUGAAAAUUCUGAUAUCAUUUACUCACCCUCAUGUUAUUUUGAACCCAUAUGACUUUUUCUUCAGUGGAACGCAAAGUAGAAUGUUAGGGACUGACAGUCUCAGUCAUCAUUCACUUUCAUUGUAAGGAAAAAGAUGCAAUAAUGGUGACUGAGGCUGUCACUCACUGCUGCGUAACAUUUUCUUUUGUGUUCAGUGGAAGUCAGACAUGAAGGUGGGUAAAUGAUGACCGAAUUAUUGUUUUUUUUGGGGGGGGGUAAACUAUCCCUUUAAGGGAUCACAUUUCAUAUCACAUAGCCAAAUGUAAAACGUUCCCAUUAAGGGAAAGGGUACAAUCUAAUCCGUGAUAAGCAAUGGUCCAAAACAACAUUUAAAUGAACACUUGUACAGAUUUGUCUCACUACCUGCCACUGCUGUAGAGACAUGGUUCAUUUGUGCAUUGGCAUUUCCAUCAAUAGAUGAGUGGUCAGGGGCCUUCAUGUGGUUUCACUGAUUUAUUCUAUUAUAGGAAAUUCUGCUUUGUCUAAUCCCAAAGGUCCAUGGAUUGUGGGAGCUACCACAAUGAUGCCAAGAAAUCACUUUCACUUUUGUUGAUUUUUAUUUUUAUUUUAUUUGUUAUUUUUUUGUGCCCAGCCAUAUGUAAAGUUUUGAUGCAUUGAUGAGCACAAUGCAAAAUAAAGGCAUACAUUU